GGGGGAGAAUUACAGUGGUACAGUCAUGUUUUAAACCUCUAAAUCGGUUUAAAAGCGUUAUUUGACUUUUCCUCUCUAAGAUGCACAACAGGCUUCUGGUUAUUUUAAGAUGAAUAUUACUUGAUACGGACUGAGGAUUGUCACAAAUGAGACACUCCCCCCAUGCAUUCACAUUAUGGUACAGACCAGUAGCUUUUGCCCAGUUUCACUCAAGACCCUAUAGUGCAUUCUGCCAUAACCCGUCACUGUGGUGUUGACCGGCACACGCCUAUCUGCGGGAAUGGAGUAGCGGAUACUGCUAAGAAAGGUCAUAUCCAGAGAAUCAUCUGGGAUAUUUACGAAAAUAAAAACUAAUAACUAUAAAAAAUUAACAUGGACUGUAAGGAGGAGAUCAGUGACUCUGAUAGCGGGAUCAUUUUAAACUCUGGCCCAGACAGUCCCACAUCACCAGUGAAGGACCUGAGCACUUACACACGUGCUAUGAGACUGAAGCAGCAGGCCCUGGAAGAUAGACUGGAGCUGUGUGUACUGGAGCUGAAGAAACUCUGCACCAGAGAGGCUGAGCUUACGGGAAAGCUGCCUUCCGAUUAUCCUCUACUGCCUGAUGAGAAGCCUCCGCAGAUCCGGCGCCGAAUCGGAACUGCUUUUAAACUGGAUGAGGGUUUUAUUUCACAUGAUGGCGAGGAAUCCGAGCUGCACGCACUGGAGACUGAUCUGGCCCUGCAGCGGCAGAUUUAUGAGGCAGCCCGAAAGCUCUCCCUCGAGGAGCAUAUCAGCAAAGCAUUGAGGAAAAGCCGACUACAGCAGUGUAAGCGCGAAGAGAAGAAACUGAAAGAGGUGCAGGAUGCUGUACUGAAACACCGCAUCAACCAUGGCUGUGUUUCUCCACAGACCUGCUAUUCAUCAAGGCAGAGAGAUAUGUGCAUGUCAGAUGACAGCUCACUUUCUGAUGCUGUUGCCUUGGAUGAUGAUUCAGACUCCACUCCCUUGUCUCCAGCCAUUCUGUGGUCUUCUACAGACUGUGGUUUCCAACGACUGAAACUCUUGAACAAUAAUGGCCCAAAGCAAUCAAGCUUCAGUUCCAGUUUGGACUAUGAGCCUUCACCCAUCCAGAAUGCUCCCUGGAAGGAAUCCAGCCUGGACCAGCCCUAUCAGAAACAAAAAGCAUCCAUCUCUGCCUGCAGCAGCCGCUCAAGCAGUCCAACAAGCUCGCCAACUGACACAAGACUGGCAGAGCUUCCUCCACCACCUCAGUUUGUGUUUAAGAGCCUGCCGUUGCGGAACAAUCAGCCAAAGAGCGCCCCCUCCACUCCAGAGCUGCCAUUGCGCCGACAGUUCUCCCAGUCUUUCAGACUCCCCAGAAAUAAACUAGAAUUGACCAACUCAGACAUGGGGCGGGGCCGGACCAAGCUACCACGUCGACGAGUUACAGAUUUUGCCUUGGCCUACUCGGUUCAACGUUUGUACCAGUGCAGCUCUGAAGACAGCAGCUCCGAGCUUUCCAUUUCCUCCUUCAGCAGCUCAUCCAGCAGAGAAAUGACCACCGAGGCACCCAAAACCUGUCCACCCCCAUAUGGCUACCACCGCACUACCCCCAGUCAACCACAGAGCCAGCUCAGUGCCCAGAGGCCACCUAAAAACAACAACAACAACUUGCUUCACCAUGUGACCAGUCCCAAUCGAGUGAAGGUUACCAAUGGGGCAUCACUGGAAGCCGACAUGGGAAGGCUGCAGCUCGGACCAAACUCUCAAUUGGGGAAUGCAUGUAACCGCAAACCCACAAAUAAACCCCAACCAGUGGAGGUUACAUCACCUAAACAGAUGCUCAAGCCACCCCCACCAUACAUAAAGGUGGUCCGCACAACGUCACUAAGAGAAUACCCCAAUCAUGCCAGCCGGGCACUUCCUCGUGAUGUGCUAUUGGGGGAACUUAAAACUUGGCACCAGAAAAACAAUGUAGGUGUGUUCAGGCCUUGUUCACUUGAACGGCAAGGAUCGAUCAGAAUGAAGCGCCCAGAGCCGCCACCCUACAACCAGAUUCCCUCACAUAAUCCGGCUCCUCAGAAAGUGAUUCUGCAAAGGGCUUCAGAUGGAACACCGCUGCAGUGGUAUGAAGGGGAAGAUGCUGAGAUUGUGAGUCAGGUGUAACCUGAGAGAAACUGUACAGAGUACAAACUAUCUUCCAGUGCGUACCUUUAUUUUUAUUUAUUGAGCCAAUGGACUCACUGAUGCAGCCUCAUAGUGAAAAUUAUAUUAAUUCUCACCAAGACUUUUUGACCAAGAAGUGUACCUGAGCCAUAAUUCUAUACACCUGCAUUUGUAACACUUGAUUAAAUUUAAAGUUUAAGACUUUCCUGUAAGGCAUCAUGCCAGAUAUUUAUGAUGAAUGUAUAUUUUAAUUCUAAUCUUCUUGAUGUCCGCAGAGUGUGGCCAACUUUGUACUAAUAACUGUAAUGAAUGCCUCCUUUGAGACCUAUGCCACCUUUUGGUAUGUAUUUGUGUCUGGCACACGAUUCUUCAGAAUUGAAGUAUUUCAUCUUAGUUUUCCCAUGAUCUCAUGUAACCAUUAUUAUUUAAUUUAUUUAUGUUUGCAUAUUUUUAUUUUUUAAAUUAAUUUUGACCCAUUCUUAACACAUUUUAAUAUUUAGUGUAAUGUCUAAAAAAAAACUUGUUGCUAUGCUACUGUAAUAUGCAUUUUAAGAAUACUUUUGUGUCUUAAGUCUUAAUUCCAAAUUCAGAUAUUUUCCUGUUUAUAUACUAAACUACUUAUGAAAUAUAGUUUAUAUUAUUUAUAAUACACUUUAAUAAACAAUAUCAC